AUGAUUUGCCAGGACACCGGUGCAGUUCAUGGCCUGCGGAUGCUAAUCGCUAUGCUGCCCAUUAUGGCCAUCCUGGCCAGCGGUCAUCAGCUGCCAGCUGGCAACCACAAACUCUGCGGUGCCGCGCUCUCCGAAGCCCUGGAUAUGGUGUGUGCCCAUGGCUACAACACGCUGCCUCAGAAGCGUAUACCACAGCCCGGUGUGCCAGGAGCAGACUACUCCUCCUCCCCCCUGGGACGCCUGCUGCUGUCCAACUGGUAUGCACUUGAAGAAGGCGAUGGAGAUGUGGCCUCCGGCUUUAGAAUCAAAACACGCCGCCAGAGGAGACACCUGCCCGGAGGCGUCUACGACGAGUGCUGUGUGUCCCCCUGCUCCUACGACGAGAUAUCCGCCUACUGCCUGUCCCAAUGA